AGUCUUAGGAUGCUCCCUCCAUUCCUAGGUGGCUUCUCCUGCAGGUGUGUGGGCCAGGUCACUAAAGUCUCAGGGCUGCUGAUGAUCAGAUGUGUCCUGGCUCAACCCUGAGUACCCCCUGAGGCCAUGGUCCCCAGAUCACCACCUACCUUCCUCUGCUUUGUACCUGGGAGAGGUCCAAGCUGGGCCCUGGAGGGGUGGGCAGGAGGAUCAAGGUUGCCAAUCCAUACGUGCUGGGGGCUCUCACUGGCCUCCCACUCAGAGUGGGCUCUGGGUAUGGUCUCACGAUGGUAGAGAAAUGUAUCAGCAUCCCUUGCUACCAGGGCUCAGGGGAGGUGAUCUGCCCAAUGUCUACACUGUGUCAAACCAGACUCAGGGGUUGCUGGAGGAGGCCCGCAAGUCCUAGUGAACACACUGACCUAUUCUUCUUCCCUGCAGGCCUCCCUGAUCCCCCCAGAAGAUGCCAAAGUGGUGGGUCGCAGUGGCCACUCCGUGACGCUGUCCUGGGUGGCUCCCACAAGCGAUGGUGGAGGGGGUCUGUGUGGCUAUCGGGUAGAGAUGAAGAAGGGGUCCAAGGGCCAGUGGCGUUUGUGCCACGAGCUCGUGCCUGGACCUGAGUGUGUAGUGGAUGGACACUGACUCCUGGGGAGACCUACCAUUUUCGAGUGGCUGCUGUGGGCCCUGCAGGUGCUGGGGAGCCUGUGCACCUGCCCCAGAUGGUCAGGCUGGAACCAGUGGAGUCUGCACCUCCCCCACCCCCUAUCCCUGUGAGCCGGCAGGUGGUGGCCGGAGAGGAUGUCUGUCUGGAGGUGGAGAUGGCAGCUGAGGCUGGCGAGGUCGUCUGGCACAAGGGGAAGGAGUGCAUCCAACCAAGUGGGCACUUUGAGGUUCUUUCCCGGGGGCGGCAGCAGACACUGGUGAUCAAGGGCUUCAGGGCAGAAGACCAGGGCAAGUACUGCUGUGGCCCUGCCCAUGCCCUGGCCUCCAUGGAGGCUGCUACCUUCCAGGGUGAGUACUAGGUUUUGGGCUGGGAAACCUUGAAAGUGGAAGGGAGUGGCCUCUCCCACCCCAUCACUUUCUCCCGGGAGGUUGUCAGUGCCCCACCUCGGAGCCUGAUCCAGGUGCAUUCCCUGUGCAUGUAUCCCACCCCUACAGUGUGGGCCUGUGAAUCUAGGCCCAGGCUCACUGUGCAGAGCCAUUUUCUGUUCUGGUCACCACAUUGUCUAUGCAGGAGGUGAACUGACAUAGGGAGGGAAGACUGAGGCUCAGUGCUUCUAGACCUGGUAA